UGGGAGAACAGAGAAACAGAACAACCAAUGAAAGAGCGGUCGGAUUGACCUUCGCUUCAAAAACAUGUUUAGUUUGGAUCAGAAAAGUUAGAAAUCAGUCGAAACCAAAAUGACAGCCGAAAAGCCGAUUCGCGACCGAAUUGCAGAUCUGCUAUCAAGCGAUCCUUAUCUGCAUUUACACGAAAAGGAGAUCCGCCGCCGAUUCGUGGCCAUCAAUGAGUUGGUCGCAGAGAUCGAGUCCACCGAAGGUUUGGACGCUUUUUCGCAGUCUUAUCUGCGUUUCGGAGUUCACGUCCAAUCAGACAAUUCGAUUCGUGUGUUGGAAUGGUGUCCCAAUGCCGAAGCACUGUUUCUUCGGGGAGAUUUCAAUCAGUGGUCAAAGACGGCGCAUGCGUUCACAAAACGAGAUUUCGGCAAAUGGGAACUCGAGUUGCGGCCGAAGACCGACGGAAGUCCGGCCAUAGAGCACGGGUCGCGUCUGAAGUUGGUUGUGGUGACUCGAGAUGGUCAGAUGGUGGACCGUUUGUCUCCGUGGGCGACAUAUGUUGUUCAGCCGUCGAAAGAGGAACAGAAGACUUUUGGCGCGCUUUUCGAACACGUAUUUUGGAAUCCUUUGGAAAAACACGAAUUCAAACACCCGAAGCCUCAAACACCGCCUUCUCUUCGCAUAUAUGAGGCUCACAUUGGAAUCGCUUCCAACGAAUACAAAGUCGCGUCUUAUCGCGAGUUCGCCGACAAUGUCGUUCCGCGAGUGGCCAAACAGGGAUACAACGCCUUGCAAUUGAUGGCAGUCAUGGARCAUGCGUAUUACGCGUCWUUCGGGUAUCAAGUGACGUCAUUCUUCGCCGCCUCUUCACGCUAUGGAACGCCCGAAGACCUCAAGUAUUUGGUGGACACUGCGCACGGGGCGGGGAUCUACGUGUUGUUGGACGUGGUUCACUCGCACGCUUCGAAGAACGUUUUGGACGGAUUGAAUCGAUUCGACGGAACGGACGGCGCCUUCUUUCACGCGAAUGGACGCGGAUUUCACGACUUAUGGGAUUCGCGACUCUUUGAUUACACGCAAUGGGAAGUCUUGAGAUUUUUGGUUUCCAACUCUCGCUUUUGGCUCAAAGAGUAUCGAUUCGAUGGAUUCCGAUUCGACGGCGUGACGUCAAUGCUCUAUCACUCUCACGGCAUUUCUGACGCCUUUUCCGGCGAUUAUAACGAAUACUUCGGUCUCAACACCGAUACCGACGCUUUCCGCUAUUUGCAACUUGCCAAUCACGUGAUCCAUCGCUUCCACCCGAACGCCACGACAAUCGCCGAAGACGUGUCGGGAAUGCCAGCCCUUUGUCGUCCUGUCGAGGAAGGCGGGGGCGGAUUCGAUUUGCGACUGGGAAUGGCCAUUCCCGACAUGUGGAUCAAACUGCUGAAACACGAGAAAGACGAAGACUGGAAUAUCGGGAAUCUGAUCCACACUUUGACGAACCGUCGUUGGCAGGAACGGACAGUCGCGUAUGCGGAGAGUCAUGACCAAGCUCUGGUCGGCGAUAAGACUCUUGCGUUUUGGUUAAUGGAUAAAGAAAUGUAUGAUUUUAUGUCAAACAUGUCUCCUUUGACUCCAAUUAUAGACCGAGGAUUAGCUCUUCAUAAAAUCAUUCGAUUAUUAACCCAUGCUUUGGGAGGAGAGGCGUGGCUUAACUUUAUCGGCAAUGAAUUCGGACAUCCCGAAUGGUUGGAUUUCCCGAGACAAGGAAACAACGACUCCUAUCAUCACGCCCGCAGACAAUGGCCUCUUGUCGAUGACCAACUUCUUAGAUACAAAUUCCUCAACGCUUUUGAUGCAGAAAUGAAUCUCUUGGAGAAUCGCUUCCAUUGGCUGUCGUCUGGACCUGCGUGGGUGUCCACUAAACACGAAUCAGAUAAAGUGAUAGUUUUCGAACGUGGAGGACUUGUCUUUGCCUUUAAUGUGAAUCCGAAUCAGUCUUUUGCCGAUUACCGAAUCGGAGUCCAGACUGCGGGUGUUUACCGCGUUGUUCUCGAUUCAGACGACGCUUUAUUCGGCGGACAUUCGCGAAUAGAACACAAGACGCGAUUCUUUACGUCUGAAGAAGGAUGGAACGGAAGACGACAUUCUCUACUCAUUUAUUUGCCGAAUCGCGUGGCUUUGGUUUUGGCGCGAGAAUCAGAUUUAGAAAUUGUUUGAAUAAAUUCUAGUUUUUAUUAGUU